ACGAAAGGCUUAAUAGGAAGGUGUUUGUCUUAGAGAGAACAGCUAGAGAAGAACAGGCAAGGCUGGUGGCAUCGAGAGAAGGAUGGCGCAAGAGAUCAUCUAUGCGAAUACAACGAAGUUUGAAGUCGGUGCUUCCUCUCCAUCUCGCAAGAGAGACAUCUCCACCACCAUCAUCGUGACGCUCCUGACCCUGCUGCUGUUACUGCUGGCCACCUCCCUCAUUGCAAUGGCCCUUCUCUAUUCCCAGAAGGAGAAGAAACUCCAGGAAAUUGAAGGAGUGAUGGAGAAGAUCAGAACCUCCCUGUUUCUCAGCAAUAUCUCUCUUUCACCAGCGGAAGCAUCUGAGAGUAAGUUGCAAAACCCAGAAACGAGGACAACCCUCAGAGUAUGUGUUCAGCUGCUCCAAAACAUCUCUGAGGCUUUCUACAAGAUCCAAACCCGCCUGGGGAAUGUCAGUGCGUCAAAAACCGCUAUCCAGAAUCGUCACAGGGAACUCCUGGCAUUGCUCUCCACAGGCUGGAAGUUUUACAACGGCAGCGUCUAUUUCCUUUCCCAAGAGGCAAAGCCCUGGCAGGAAGCUGAGGACACCUGUAGAGCCCAGGAGGCACACCUGGUCUCCAUCACGUCAAAGGAAGAGAUGGAAUACCUUGUCAGGGAAGCCAGAAAUCAGCACUUUUGGAUUGGACUCUCUGACCAAAAUACAGAAGGCGUUUGGACCUGGGUGGACGGCACAAAGUACAACGAAAAGCUUAGUUUCUGGGGACAAGGACAACCAGACAACUGGCAUGGAGCACCACAACACGAGGAAGACUGUGUUCACUUCAAAACACACUGGAACGACGUCAGCUGCACGUACAACUAUAAAUGGUUCUGUGAGAAGGUCUUCUCCUGAGCAGAUGCCCCACUGCCUUUCUGAGACAGGACUAAGGGGCCACCGAACCCAGUGUUCUGGAUCCAGCAGAGGACAGCCAAAGGUCUCUGGAAGCUCAUAAGCAGCUGUCACUCCAGGAGAGGCCCAGCCCCAUGACUGCCGGAUUUUCUUAAUCGAUAGGAACACUGCAGGAAAACCCUCCACCCUCUUCCUCUCCCCCAAUCCGUGUGUCAGAACUUUAAAGGCCUGGAGGAGGCAAGGCUUCCUUUGAUGGACUUUUGCCAGACGGAAAAAGCAGGUCGAGCAAUCAGUUUGAGAGUUGCCUUUGUACCAAAGUCCCAAACUUUUAGGGGCCAUUGCGCCCCCUACCCCAUAAAAAGGAUUAGAAUCAUAGAAUCAUAGAGUUGGAAUAGACCACAAGGGCCAUCAAGUCCAACCCCCUGCCAAGCA